AUGGCUUCUAAUUGGCAUAAGCUUACUUUACAACAACCAAAUACACCUCCGCUUCUUUCUCAGUUUACAUGGACCCGUGAAGGCUACACCCUCUAUGUAACGGAUCUCACCUUCAUUUGGAGCGAAGAGCUAUUUCAUCAAGAAAUCUUGAAAAGGGCCGAAGAAAAAGCCACAACUAUUGAUCCCAGUGAAGACCAUGAUCAGUUCAAUGUCCUUCUCGAAAAGAUCGGGGAAACUCUCCGCGGGGAGGAAGGCACUACAACAAUAAACAGUGGAGCUGAAGGUGAUUCACUUCAUCUCAUAACAAAGUCGAAAUUACCGGCUCCGCUGCGGCCACUAGUGUGGGAAAUCCGAUUAUCAAAACAGGCUUCUACAUGUUUGACAAAUCACCUCUUGCUGCCACUAUUGAGAGAUGGGGCUGGCUGGGAAUCUCGACAGCAAUUUCUCCUAGAUCAAAUUAAACAGAAGGACUGGAUUCUUGGAAGAAUAUUUGACAAGAUCGGUGCUCUUGGUGUUGAUCUAGGAACCGUCUUUCCUGGAGCUGCAGGGUUACGCAAAACUAAGAAAGGCAGCACGAGAUCUGAAGCAGCGAGAUUCAUCAAAGGCCUUGCACCAUUUGAUGAAUCAAAAUGGCCUCUUGAAUCUGGCGAUUCUUCAGAGAGCUCGGGAUUGGCUAAGAAGGUACUAAAUGAGCUUUUAGGGUCGGAGAAAGACCGUGAUCUGGAAAAACUUCAAGCAACCAAGGAACAGUGGUGGACAGAGCUUCCAGUAUUCUCAGAAACGGCUUCCUUCCCAUCUACGAAGAGCGAUGAACCCGCAGCUGGCGAUGCUUCCCCUGAUCAGAAACAUGAAAAAGACAUCAGUUCCCAACAUGAUAUGGAUCUAGAUCGAGAUGGUGCUUCCACUGCUAGCGAGGAUGAAUUCCAACGGCAGGAAACACCACCACGACUAAGAGCAAAGAGCAAAAGACCUGAAAUAUCCCCUCCAGCAAAGAUAAGACAAGCAGCUCAGCAAGUCCAACCAGCUUUGAGUACAGAUCCAGGCGAAGCCACAGCAUCCGACUCAGAGCCUGAGAACACUCCAGCAGCGCGUCGAAAACGUACGCCAACCCCACCGCAACCAAGAACAAAGAAGACCGUGGAGCAAACCCAACGAGCUCCGAGUCCAGACUUAGGUGAAUCGACGGCAUCAGACUCGGAGCCUGAAAUUCCAGCAGCGAGUCAAAAACACACAUCCACACCACCAAAGGCCGAUAAAGCGCCUCAGCCGGAGCCGCGGGAGUCUCCAAAGAAAGCUCCUAAAGCUAGAGGUGGACUCGGUGUAAUUGGGGGCAAGAAAAAGAAAGAAGAGAAGCCUCCUUCUCCUUCCCCGGCUCCUGCUUCAUCUCCUCCAUCUCAGCCAGCUCCAUCAUCUUCGGAAACGGCGAAACCGGUCGCAGAUACCAAUGCAUCACCGGUCAAACCUAAAAGAGCAACUAAACUUGGAAUGAUCGGUGGUAAGGGCAAAAAUAAAGCGGCUGCGUCAAAGCCUGAAUCUGUUUCCUCGCCGCCUGCUACUACGCAGCAGGAUCAUGUCAAGAAUGCAGUCAAUACUGCACAAACUGAGCUAGAAAAGAUUCCUAAGGAAGAGGAAGAUUUACCGAAGCGGCAAGAGAAGAAGGAUACUCCUACAUUGGAGGAAACUGAAGCGCAGAAGACUGCCCGGAAACGGGAGGAGUUAAAACGGCAACUUGCAGAGAAGAGCAAAGCGCCAAAGAAGAAACGGAGAUUCUAA